AUGGUCUUGAUGGACCUGGUCGGAAACGUCUCCGCCGUCGGCGACACGGAUGCGAUGGUGGCGGGCGACUCGGGCAGCAAGCACAACGGCGGCCGCAGCGCCGCCGUGUGUGCCGUCAACAGCAUGGUCUCGGAGGCUUCCGCGGCGACCGUGGCCGUGUUGGACGUGAUCGGGGGCGUCUCCGCUGGCAUGGUCACGAACGCGACGGUGGCAUGGUCACGAACGCGACGGUGGCAUGGUCACGAACGCGACGUCCGCACGCAGGUUGCUGCCGGUAGUAGCGUCAGCGGCGUCGCCAGCGACAUCGACAGCAGGGUCUCGGACACGAUGGAGGUGACCGUGGCCUUGGUGGACGUGGUCAGCGGCGUCUCCGCCGACAUGGACACGGACGCGGACGCGAUGGUGGCGGGCGACUCGGGCAGCAAGCACAACGGCGGCCGCAGCGCCGCCGUGUGUGCCGUCAACAGCAUGGUCUCGGAGGCUUCCGCGGCGACCGUGGCCGUGUUGGACGUGAUCGGGGGCGUCUCCACUGGCAUGGUCACGAACGCGACGGUGGCAUGGUCACGAACGCGACGGUGGCAUUCGGCUCGGGCAGCGAGCGCAACGACAGCGGCAGUCCGCACGCAGGUUGCCGCCGGUAGUAGCGUCAGCGGCGUCGCCAGCGACAUCGACAGCAGGGUCUCGGACACGAUGGAGGUGACCGUGGCCUUGGUGGACGUGGUCAGCGGCGUCUCCGCCGACAUGGACACGGACGCGGACGCGAUGGUGGCGGGCGACUCGGGCAGCAAGCACAACGGCGGCCGCAGCGCCGCCGUGUGUGCCGUCAACAGCAUGGUCUCGGAGGCUUCCGCGGCGACCGUGGCCGUGUUGGAUGUGAUCGGGGGCGUCUCCACUGGCAUGGUCACGAACGCGACGGUGGCAUGGUCACGAACGCGACGGUGGCAUUCGGCUCGGGCAGCGAGCGCAACGACAGCGGCAGUCCGCACGCAGGUUGCUGCCGGUAGUAGCGUCAGCGGCGUCGCCAGCGACAUCGACAGCAGGGUCUCGGACACGAUGGAGGUGACCGUGGCCUUGGUGGACGUGGUCAGCGGCGUCUCCGCCGACAUGGACACGGACGCGGACGCGAUGGUGGCGGGCGACUCGGGCAGCAAGCACAACGGCGGCCGCAGCGCCGCCGUGUGUGCCGUCAACAGCAUGGUCUCGGAGGCUUCCGCGGCGACCGUGGCCGUGUUGGAUGUGAUCGGGGGCGUCUCCACUGGCAUGGUCACGAACGCGACGGUGGCAUGGUCACGAACGCGACGGUGGCAUUCGGCUCGGGCAGCGAGCGCAACGACAGCGGCAGUCCGCACGCAGGUUGCUGCCGGUAGUAGCGUCAGCGGCGUCGCCAGCGACAUCGACAGCAGGGUCUCGGACACGAUGGAGGUGACCGUGGCCUUGGUGGACGUGGUCAGCGGCGUCUCCGCCGACAUGGACACGGACGCAGACGCGAUGGUGGCGGGCGACUCGGGCAGCAAGCACAACGGCGGCCGCAGCGCCGCCGUGUGUGCCGUCAACAGCAUGGUCUCGGAGGCUUCCGCGGCGACCGUGGCCGUGUUGGACGUGAUCGGGGGCGUCUCCGCUGGCAUGGUCACGAACGCGACGGUGGCAUGGUCACGAACGCGACGGUGGCAUGGUCACGAACGCGACGUCCGCACGCAGGUUGCCGCCGGUAGUAGCGUCAGCGGCGUCGCCAGCGACAUCGACAGCAGGGUCUCGGACACGAUGGAGGUGACCGUGGCCUUGGUGGACGUGGUCAGCGGCGUCUCCGCCGACAUGGACACGGACGCGGACGCGAUGGUGGCGGGCGACUCGGGCAGCAAGCACAAUGGCGGCCGCAGCGCCGCCGUGUGUGCCGUCAACAGCAUGGUCUCGGAGGCUUCCGCGGCGACCGUGGCCGUGUUGGAUGUGAUCGGGGGCGUCUCCACUGGCAUGGUCACGAACGCGACGGUGGCAUUCGGCUCGGGCAGCGAGCGCAACGACAGCGGCAGUCCGCACGCAGGUUGCUGCCGCGACAUCGACAGCAGGGUCUCGGACACGAUGGAGGUGACCGUGGCCUUGGUGGACGUGGUCAGCGGCGUCUCCGCCGACAUGGACACGGACGCGGACGCGAUGGUGGCGGGCGACUCGGGCAGCAAGCACAAUGGCGGCCGCAGCGCCGCCGUGUGUGCCGUCAACAGCAUGGUCUCGGAGGCUUCCGCGGCGACCGUGGCCGUGUUGGAUGUGAUCGGGGGCGUCUCCACUGGCAUGGUCACGAACGCGACGGUGGCAUGGUCACGAACGCGACGGUGGCAUUCGGCUCGGGCAGCGAGCGCAACGACAGCGGCAGCCCGCACGCAGGUUGCCGCCGGUAAUAGCGUCAGCGGCGUCGCCAGCGACAUCGACAGCAGGGUCUCGGACACGAUGGAGGUGACCGUGGCCUUGGUGGACGUGGUCAGCGGCGUCUCCGCCGACAUGGACACGGACGCGGACGCGAUGGUGGCGGGCGACUCGGGCAGCAAGCACAACGGCGGCCGCAGCGCCGCCGUGUGUGCCGUCAACAGCAUGGUCUCGGAGGCUUCCGCGGCGACCGUGGCCGUGUUGGAUGUGAUCGGGGGCGUCUCCACUGGCAUGGUCACGAACGCGACGGUGGCAUGGUCACGAACGCGACGGUGGCAUUCGGCUCGGGCAGCGAGCGCAACGACAGCGGCAGCCCGCACGCAGGUUGCCGCCGGUAAUAGCGUCAGCGGCGUCGCCAGCGACAUCGACAGCAGGGUCUCGGACACGAUGGAGGUGACCGUGGCCUUGGUGGACGUGGUCAGCGGCGUCUCCGCCGACAUGGACACGGACGCGGACGCGAUGGUGGCGGGCGACUCGGGCAGCAAGCACAAUGGCGGCCGCAGCGCCGCCGUGUGUGCCGUCAACAGCAUGGUCUCGGAGGCUUCCGCGGCGACCGUGGCCGUGUUGAUCGCAACGACAGCGGCAGUCCGCACGCAGGUUGCCGCCGGUAAUAGCGUCAGCGGCGUCGCCAGCGACAUCGACAGCAGGGUCUCGGACACGAUGGAGGUGACCGUGGCCUUGGUGGACGUGGUCAGCGGCGUCUCCGCCGACAUGGACACGGACGCGGACGCGAUGGUGGCGGGCGACUCGGGCAGCAAGCACAACGGCGGCCGCAGCGCCGCCGUGUGUGCCGUCAACAGCAUGGUCUCGGAGGCUUCCGCGGCGACCGUGGCCGUGUUGGAUGUGAUCGGGGGCGUCUCCACUGGCAUGGUCACGAACGCGACGGUGGCAUGGUCACGAACGCGACGGUGGCAUUCGGCUCGGGCAGCGAGCGCAACGACAGCGGCAGUCCGCACGCAGGUUGCCGCCGGUAGUAGCGUCAGCGGCGUCGCCAGCGACAUCGACAGCAGGGUCUCGGACACGAUGGAGGUGACCGUGGCCUUGGUGGACGUGGUCAGCGGCGUCUCCGCCGACAUGGACACGGACGCGGACGCGAUGGUGGCGGGCGACUCGGGCAGCAAGCACAACGGCGGCCGCAGCGCCGCCGUGUGUGCCGUCAACAGCAUGGUCUCGGAGGCUUCCGCGGCGACCGUGGCCGUGUUGGAUGUGAUCGGGGGCGUCUCCACUGGCAUGGUCACGAACGCGACGGUGGCAUGGUCACGAACGCGACGGUGGCAUUCGGCUCGGGCAGCGAGCGCAACGACAGCGGCAGUCCGCACGCAGGUUGCUGCCGGUAGUAGCGUCAGCGGCGUCGCCAGCGACAUCGACAGCAGGGUCUCGGACACGAUGGAGGUGACCGUGGCCUUGGUGGACGUGGUCAGCGGCGUCUCCGCCGACAUGGACACGGACGCGGACGCGAUGGUGGCGGGCGACUCGGGCAGCAAGCACAACGGCGGCCGCAGCGCCGCCGUGUGUGCCGUCAACAGCAUGGUCUCGGAGGCUUCCGCGGCGACCGUGGCCGUGUUGGAUGUGAUCGGGGGCGUCUCCACUGGCAUGGUCACGAACGCGACGGUGGCAUGCAAGCACAACGGCGGCCGCAGCGCCGCCGUGUGUGCCGUCAACAGCAUGGUCUCGGAGGCUUCCGCGGCGACCGUGGCCGUGUUGGAUGUGAUCGGGGGCGUCUCCACUGGCAUGGUCACGAACGCGACGGUGGCAUGGUCACGAACGCGACGGUGGCAUUCGGCUCGGGCAGCGAGCGCAACGACAGCGGCAGUCCGCACGCAGGUUGCUGCCGGUAGUAGCGUCAGCGGCGUCGCCAGCGACAUCGACAGCAGGGUCUCGGACACGAUGGAGGUGACCGUGGCCUUGGUGGACGUGGUCAGCGGCGUCUCCGCCGACAUGGACACGGACGCGGACGCGAUGGUGGCGGGCGACUCGGGCAGCAAGCACAACGGCGGCCGCAGCGCCGCCGUGUGUGCCGUCAACAGCAUGGUCUCGGAGGCUUCCGCGGCGACCGUGGCCGUGUUGGAUGUGAUCGGGGGCGUCUCCACUGGCAUGGUCACGAACGCGACGGUGGCAUGGUCACGAACGCGACGGUGGCAUUCGGCUCGGGCAGCGAGCGCAACGACAGCGGCAGUCCGCACGCAGGUUGCCGCCGGUAGUAGCGUCAGCGGCGUCGCCAGCGACAUCGACAGCAGGGUCUCGGACACGAUGGAGGUGACCGUGGCCUUGGGGGACGUGGUCAGCGGCGUCUCCGCCGACAUGGACACGGACGCGGACGCGAUGGUGGCGGGCGACUCGGGCAGCAAGCACAACGGCGGCCGCAGCGCCGCCGUGUGUGCCGUCAACAGCAUGGUCUCGGAGGCUUCCGCGGCGACCGUGGCCGUGUUGGACGUGAUCGGGGGCGUCUCCGCUGGCAUGGUCACGAACGCGACGGUGGCAUGGUCACGAACGCGACGGUGGCAUGGUCACGAACGCGACGUCCGCACGCAGGUUGCCGCCGGUAGUAGCGUCAGCGGCGUCGCCAGCGACAUCGACAGCAGGGUCUCGGACACGAUGGAGGUGACCGUGGCCUUGGUGGACGUGGUCAGCGGCGUCUCCGCCGACAUGGACACGGACGCGGACGCGAUGGUGGCGGGCGACUCGGGCAGCAAGCACAACGGCGGCCGCAGCGCCGCCGUGUGUGCCGUCAACAGCAUGGUCUCGGAAGCUUCCGCGGCGACCGUGGCCGUGUUGGAUGUGAUCGGGGGCGUCUCCACUGGCAUGGUCACGAACGCGACGGUGGCAUGGUCACGAACGCGACGGUGGCAUUCGGCUCGGGCAGCGAGCGCAACGACAGCGGCAGUCCGCACGCAGGUUGCCGCCGGUAGUAGCGUCAGCGGCGUCGCCAGCGACAUCGACAGCAGGGUCUCGGACACGAUGGAGGUGACCGUGGCCUUGGUGGACGUGGUCAGCGGCGUCUCCGCCGACAUGGACACGGACGCGGACGCGAUGGUGGCGGGCGACUCGGGCAGCAAGCACAACGGCGGCCGCAGCGCCGCCGUGUGUGCCGUCAACAGCAUGGUCUCGGAGGCUUCCGCGGCGACCGUGGCCGUGUUGGAUGUGAUCGGGGGCGUCUCCACUGGCAUGGUCACGAACGCGACGGUGGCAUGGUCACGAACGCGACGGUGGCAUUCGGCUCGGGCAGCGAGCGCAACGACAGCGGCAGUCCGCACGCAGGUUGCCGCCGGUAGUAGCGUCAGCGGCGUCGCCAGCGACAUCGACAGCAGGGUCUCGGACACGAUGGAGGUGACCGUGGCCUUGGUGGACGUGGUCAGCGGCGUCUCCGCCGACAUGGACACGGACGCGGACGCGAUGGUGGCGGGCGACUCGGGCAGCAAGCACAACGGCGGCCGCAGCGCCGCCGUGUGUGCCGUCAACAGCAUGGUCUCGGAGGCUUCCGCGGCGACCGUGGCCGUGUUGGAUGUGAUCGGGGGCGUCUCCACUGGCAUGGUCACGAACGCGACGGUGGCAUGGUCACGAACGCGACGGUGGCAUUCGGCUCGGGCAGCGAGCGCAACGACAGCGGCAGUCCGCACGCAGGUUGCUGCCGGUAGUAGCGUCAGCGGCGUCGCCAGCGACAUCGACAGCAGGGUCUCGGACACGAUGGAGGUGACCGUGGCCUUGGUGGACGUGGUCAGCGGCGUCUCCGCCGACAUGGACACGGACGCGGACGCGCAGGUGGCAUUCGGCUCGGGCAGCGAGCGCAACGACAGCGGCAGUCCGCACGCAGGUUGCCGCCGCGACAUCGACAGCAGGGUCUCGGACACGAUGGAGGUGACCGUGGCCUUGGUGGACGUGGUCAGCGGCGUCUCCGCCGACAUGGACACGGACGCGGACGCGAUGGUGGCGGGCGACUCGGGCAGCAAGCACAACGGCGGCCGCAGCGCCGCCGUGUGUGCCGUCAACAGCAUGGUCUCGGAGGCUUCCGCGGCGACCGUGGCCGUGUUGGAUGUGAUCGGGGGCGUCUCCACUGGCAUGGUCACGAACGCGACGGUGGCAUGGUCACGAACGCGACGGUGGCAUUCGGCUCGGGCAGCGAGCGCAACGACAGCGGCAGUCCGCACGCAGGUUGCUGCCGGUAGUAGCGUCAGCGGCGUCGCCAGCGACAUCGACAGCAGGGUCUCGGACACGAUGGAGGUGACCGUGGCCUUGGUGGACGUGGUCAGCGGCGUCUCCGCCGACAUGGACACGGACGCGGACGCGAUGGUGGCGGGCGACUCGGGCAGCAAGCACAACGGCGGCCGCAGCGCCGCCGUGUGUGCCGUCAACAGCAUGGUCUCGGAGGCUUCCGCGGCGACCGUGGCCGUGUUGGACGUGAUCGGGGGCGUCUCCGCUGGCAUGGUCACGAACGCGACGGUGGCAUGGUCACGAACGCGACGGUGGCAUGGUCACGAACGCGACGUCCGCACGCAGGUUGCCGCCGGUAGUAGCGUCAGCGGCGUCGCCAGCGACAUCGACAGCAGGGUCUCGGACACGAUGGAGGUGACCGUGGCCUUGGUGGACGUGGUCAGCGGCGUCUCCGCCGACAUGGACACGGACGCGGACGCGAUGGUGGCGGGCGACUCGGGCAGCAAGCACAACGGCGGCCGCAGCGCCGCCGUGUGUGCCGUCAACAGCAUGGUCUCGGAAGCUUCCGCGGCGACCGUGGCCGUGUUGGAUGUGAUCGGGGGCGUCUCCACUGGCAUGGUCACGAACGCGACGGUGGCAUGGUCACGAACGCGACGGUGGCAUGGUCACGAACGCGACGUCCGCACGCAGGUUGCCGCCGGUAGUAGCGUCAGCGGCGUCGCCAGCGACAUCGACAGCAGGGUCUCGGACACGAUGGAGGUGACCGUGGCCUUGGUGGACGUGGUCAGCGGCGUCUCCGCCGACAUGGACACGGACGCGGACGCGAUGGUGGCGGGCGACUCGGGCAGCAAGCACAACGGCGGCCGCAGCGCCGCCGUGUGUGCCGUCAACAGCAUGGUCUCGGAGGCUUCCGCGGCGACCGUGGCCGUGUUGGAUGUGAUCGGGGGCGUCUCCACUGGCAUGGUCACGAACGCGACGGUGGCAUGGUCACGAACGCGACGGUGGCAUUCGGCUCGGGCAGCGAGCGCAACGACAGCGGCAGUCCGCACGCAGGUUGCCGCCGGUAGUAGCGUCAGCGGCGUCGCCAGCGACAUCGACAGCAGGUUUUCAGGCGCGAUGGAGGUGACUCUGACCUUGGGAGAUGCGGUCAGAGCUACGAUGUCCGUGCAAGACGUUGAUGUAGAUGUGUACAAUGGCUGA